AAGCAUUCCCCGUUAAGAACUCUCCACGUCCUCCACAAAGCUGGAGAUUGAAAGCAAGCUCCAACCUUCAAAAUACUCAUCUGGCGUCUCUCUUUGCCCGCCUGCAGCCUCGACGGCGCCCUACGCCAGUCCGCCGUUUGAAAACUAAGUCAUGCAGCGCGAGUUGCUUUGCUUUCGAACUAGGAUAUUCCAACCCACACCGUAUGCUGCCCCCACAAAGCGAGACUGUGGGACAAAUAGCACCAUUUAUGCGCUGCGGAUGCCGUUGUGCAGGUGGAGCGCAUGCGUAAAUAUGUAAAGAACGGUAGGCGAUAGGCUAUACGAACCGAACAGUUCCCUGUCACUGUGCGUGUAAGCGUCAGCUCGCAAAAGCAAAAUGCCUUGCUCCACGGAUGGCAUGUUGUGCAGGGUUUCUGAAGCCGACUACGGAUAACAGCUUGAAGCGGUUAGAGGAGUCGAAGGAUGCUGCUGUUGGCGCGAUUAUUUAUUUCUUUAUUUAGCGCCAUCACUGGGAAGCGGAGAUGUUCUCGCGAAGAAAAUGGCGUCCAGAACAAUCCAGCUUCAGUCAUGGAAUUGACAGGAAGAGAUUCCGUUCCUCAGAGAAGAAACAGAAGCAUAAUAAGAAAAAGCAAUUAUUACCAGCGAUAUGCAAGUGACAGGAAACGGAAGAAUAUACUCAUUAGUUAACAUUUAACAAUCCAUGUCAGACGGGCCGCGGGCCAUCCUCCGCCGCAAUCACCGGCGCAAUCCUGUGCAGAGAACAAGCGGCAUGGACAGGGGCAUGAACAGGGGCAUGAACAGGGACAUCAACAGGGACAUCAACAUGAAGAUGGGACAUGAACAUGGGAUGAGAUGGUGCGGGCGGGCUGGUUGUCUAGGAUGAUUGAUGUCCCCUCGUGUGCAGCCUCCGGAUCCUGGCGGGCCAUGUAUAUAUAUAUGUAUAUACAUAUAUACAUAUAUCCAUAGGCGCCGCACAAACCCCCCCUGCAUUGGAAAAUGGCGGAUUGAUCCGUUAAUUCACCCAUUCCACUGGUUUCCUCUUUCUGCUAAUUGUGCAGCACACCGAGCUUCAAAAUUCGGAGUCCCUCGUUCUGUAUAAAAGCCUCUGAAGUUGGAUCUGCCACUCCAAGAUCAUGGCUGAACCGGUUCAAGACCCGUUUCACAUCGUUGUCGAUGACAGUGAGGAAGAUGCCGAAAGCUUCGAGGAUGAGGUUUCGGAGACCAGCUCAAUAGCCUCCUCGAUCUAUCAAUAUCGCGUGGAGCAUGGGCGUCGAUAUCACGCAUAUAAAGCCGGGGCGUAUUGGGGACCAAAUGACGAGACCGCUCAGGAGGCCCUAGAUCUUGCACAUCAUGGAUAUAUGUUGCUCAAGGAGCAGAAACUGUAUCUGGCGCCUAUCAGCAAGCCCCAGAAAGUACUUGACGUCGGAACAGGAACGGGAAUCUGGGCCAUCGACUUCGCCGACCAACACCCGGAAGCCAUGGUAAUCGGCACAGACCUCUCCCCCACGCAGCCGGGCUGGGUGCCCCCCAACCUGAGAUUCCAAGUCGACGACGCAACCGAGUACCCCUGGACCUUUCCCGCCAACACCUUCGACUACAUCCACGUCCGCGACCUCUUCGGCUGCAUCCCCGACUGGACCGCCUUCAUGAAACAGUGCCUCACCUGCCUCAAGCCCGGCGGCUAUCUGGAAAUAAGCAACGCCUCCGUCUGGGUCGAGAGCGACGACGGCUCCAUCCCAGACGACAAGAAACACACCCUCCGCCAGUGGGGCCGGCUGUUCCGCGAGUGCGGCGAGCGCACGGGCAAGACGACGACGAUCAGCGAGACCCAGCGCGACGUCAUGGUUGACGCCGGGUUUGCAGGGGUGGAGGAGACGCGGUUUAAGCUGGUGGUGGGGCCGUGGCCGAAGGACCCGACGCUCAAGCAGGUCGGGCGCUAUCACCAGCUUGAGUGUCUGCAGGGCUGCGAGGGGUGGGCGUUGGCGCUGCUGACGCGCGUGAUGAAGUGGGAUGUGGAGGAGGUGCAGGUGCUCCUGGCGAAUUUCCGCGCGAGUGUGAAGGAUAAGAGUAUACAUUCGUAUACGCCGGUGUCUGUGGUGGUGGGCCGGAAGCCGUUGGGGGAUGAGGAGGGGGAGUAGGAGGUGUAGGAGGUGUUGGUCAGGAGGGGAGGAGAAUGAACGCCCCAUAAACAGAGGCGACUGAGGCGACUGGAUGAUUUUUGCGAUAUGCGAUAUGAUAUGACCUUACGAUAUGCUGUCGUUACUGCUUUUAUAGUUAUGCUUAUGAGAGGUUUGUGGGUGGUGUGCAUGUAUGAAUGUAAAAGUACGGAGGCUUUCAAUCAGGAUAUAAGGCUUUUAUUAAGCAUUCUACUCUCUCGGUUCAUAAGUUUGGGUGGAGUGUGUCCUAGAAGAUUUGACCAGGAUCUAUCUAGAUGGUUAGUUAUUCUUAAGAAAACGAAAAAAAACAAAAGGAAAUAACAACAACAGCCAUCCUAGACGCUUGUAAAUUUUUCUGAAUAUCCCAAAAUUUUGUGCAAAGGCUCCCUCACCCCCUUUCAGACCCUUAUAAAUUAUUAUUACGUAUAUACAAUUCUCAACUUACA